CCUUCACAGUCAGCAGAACAAGAUGGCGGUCCCUACGAAACAGUAUGGGCUCAUCCUGCCGCAAAAGAAAGGAGCAGCAAAGACGGCAAUGCUGCAGAAACCCUCAGUAUUCGGGGAUGACUCAGAUGAUGAGACCUCAGUUGGGGAAAGUCUGCAGAGAGAAGCUGUCAAAAAGAAAAUGAUGAAGCAGACACGUUUGGAGAUGCAUAAGGCCCUGGAACAGGACAGCACAGUAUAUGACUAUGAUGCAGUGUACGACGACAUUCAAAACCAGAGACUUGAGAGCAACAAAAAGAUCCUGCGAGGCGCUGACAAAAGGCCGAAGUAUAUCCACCAGUUAAUGAGAGCAGUCGAGGACCGCAAGAAAGAACAAGAACGAAGGGAAGAGAGGAAGAUCCAGAAGGAAAGAGAGGCGGAGGGAGAGCAGUUUGCCGAUAAAGAGGCUUACGUUACUUCCGCCUACAAGCAAAAACUGCUGGAGCAGAAGGAGGAGCAGGAGAGAGAGAAGAGAGAGGCAGAGAUGGAAGCUGCUUUGGAUGUGAAGAAACAAAAAGACCUGAGCGGCUUCUACCGCCACCUGCUGAAUCAGACUGUAGGAGAGGAGGCGAUACCCGAUCGCUCAGCAAACAAUACUCAAACCUCAAAGGUUUCAAAAGACACAGAGAGGACUUCACCUGUGCCCUCAUCUACAUCCCACGACAAUAUCCAGAGUUCAUGCAGUGACAUUGAGGAGGGGCAAGAGCAGAAGUCUGGGUUUAGCAAGCCUGCAACAGUCUCUGCACACUCAAAACGCCAAUACAGACAGAGGUCACCGUCAUCAGGGAGUGGAGAGGAGAAGGUGAAAGAGAGGGAGAGAGACAGACAUAAGAAGAGCCACAGAGAUCAAGACAGAGACAGAGACAGUAGAAGAGAUAGAGACAGAGAUAGAGACCGAAACAGGGGAAGGGAGAGGGAUGACAGAUACGGAGGAAGAAGAGACGACAGGGAUAGAAGGAAAGACAGGGACAGAGACCGAGACAGAGGCAGGGAAGAUGACAGAAGCAGAGGCAAGGGGGAUACAGAGAGGGAAGACAGGCACGGAAAGAGGGAGAGGAGCCCCAAAGAAAGAGAGAGGGAUAAGAAUGGGGAAAGAGAGAAGAGGAGGAAUCCAGAUGAAGACAAGCGGAAGGACAAAGAUUGGGAAGAAGAGAAGGAGAGGAGGAAGGAACCUGAAAAUGAGAAGGCAGUGAAGGAAGAGAAAGAUCCGGAUAAGAAAGAAGCAGUGAAAGAACAAAGUAAGGAAGGAGAUGGACAGGGACAGGAAGGUGAGGAGAAAGAGGAAAGGGAGGAGAAGGCGAACAAGUUUGCGAAGCGCAGCACAGAUCAGACUGUGUGUUCUGCGAGAGACCGGUACAUGGCCAGACAGAUAGCACGCUCGGGCUCUAAGACCUAUAUAGAGAAGGAGGAGGACUGAGGAAACACCCUUGAAUUACACACAGCCUUUAUCUCAAUUUAGAGGAUAAGGCUAUUAUUAUUAUUAUUAUUAUUUUAUUUUAUUUUGUCAACAAAUCCCAUAAAACACCAAAACCGACAAUGAGUUAGUUACUUCCUGUCAGUACGGUCUUUGACUUCCCUACCAUUGGAUCCUUAUGAAGAAAUCUUGACAACUUUACAGCAUUAGAACAGUGUAUGUGUUCUCUAUGUGACUCUGUGUAUCUGAUUAAAAGUAAACUACAGUACCCAUGUUUUUUGUAAUGAAGGAACAUGUCUACUAGGGUAAUGGUGAGGCAUAUUAAUGUAUUUUUAAUAAUUUUGGACAAAACAGGUCUGGGGGGGGGGGUCUUUAAAAGGUCUAAAAUCCAACUCAUCUGACUUUUAGGCCUUAACACUUCUUAAACAUGAUUGACAUGAUGAUGACAAAAUUGAUUAGAUUGAUAAAGUUAAUGUUACUUGUAUAAAGUUGCAUUUUUGGGGAAAGUAUUUCAUGCUGUAACAAAAUCCUUCAUAUACUUCAUACAGUUUUUCCCCAGUAUGGAUCUAAAAUAGGUCUUAAAUUACAUAGAAGCCCUGCAACAGUAGAGGCAUUUGGUAUAGAAGAGUAUGUCGGGCUUCUGACUACUUAUCAGUCGGAUCGAUUCCUUGUUGGUUUUCAUCUUUUUCGUGGGAUUUGUUGACAAUAACAAAAAAAAUAUUGUAAAUUGCAAACCUUAUCCUGUAACCAGUGACUCCGUCGUACGCUGCAGUGGACAGAUUCAGACAGCAGAGUGUACUCAUGGUCUUCCGUGACAAGACAAAGACCUGGACAAUAUUGUUUUGGGGAAUUGAAUAUGUGGAUCUUUGAUUUAACAUUGUGAAAUAAGAACACUGACUUGUAAAUAUGAGUUUUGAACCUCUUGAAACAUCACAUAAAGGAAUGCGUGUAUAUAUGAAAUGCUAUCUUAUUGCUUCAUUUGGAGGAUGAAUGAAUGGAAUGAGGUGUGAGACACUGAUGUUGUGUUUGAUCACUUUUGUUGAGGUUUUAUAUCUUUCUGAUGUAGUCAGGGAUGAGUUAAUAAAAUAAUUUCUGGUCCACAA